CUGUGGUUGCGCUGCGGGUGGCGGCUUGGGUGCGGCGCGUGUGUCGCAGACCUUCCCCCUCUCUCCCUUGCCUCUCCUCCUUUUUUGCCUCACCGCUUGCUGCUCUCCGUUUUCUCUCGUUGCGCAGUAAAACCACUCAAGCCACCAAAGCCAUUCUUCGACUCACGCGACUUCCAAUGAAGAUUACGCAGCUCGUCCUCCUUUCCGCCCUGCUGGCCAUUGUGCUUCUUGGCGGCUGUGCGGGUGUAGCCAACGCCCAGGAGUUCGCGUCGCCCGAGGCGGGGAUCAACGAGUUUGCGGCAGCUGCCAACGAAAAGCAUGGCAGUGGAUCUCACCAUCACCCGUCACGGUCUGGCCACGAUGCGACGGCGGUGAAUGGACUCGGUGUGGUGCAUGGCGUCGUCGGCCUUGCCGUGGCGCUGGCCGCCGUCACAAUGUUCUAG